GCAUCAGAAUGAAGGGGAGGGAAACUUCAAUUUGGCGUCUGGUGCUCCGUUGAAUUACUUAGACGCACUCAGUCUGUCUGGUUCGCAGCACAGCAGAAGCCGCAUCUUCUUUGUUUUCAUUUGCCCUGUUUAUUUAAGUAUCGGAUCAAUGGAAAAUAAACCGUCACGCGGAAGAAAGCGACUCACUGACACUGGAUACAAACGGCGUUUCGUCCUGUGACAAUCUGAUGCUGUGAGGAAUAAAGUGUAUCUGCUGAGAGGAAACCAGCGUCAGUCAAGAAUUAAAAGCUGUGAGACUGGAUAUAUGACAAAAGAUUCACUUUUACAAAGGGAUUUUCAUAUGCUAAAGCUUGUAACGUUAUUCAUUUCAUAUUCGAUAUGACACGGCAGGUUAUCAAGGUACUGAGUGAAUUCAGCACUAGAAAGUCUUGUUUACUGUUGAUGGACUGCCAGUGUUGAUGUGUAGCACUGAAGAUGGGAAGAAGGUAUUAUAUGCGCUUGGGAAUCGACUUUGGGAAUGUCCUCUGAUUUGGGAAUGAUGAAUAACGGACCCACUAUCGUCUACGAGUGGCUAAAAACCCUCCAGCUGUGUCAGUAUGUGGAGUCAUUUGUUGACAAUGGUUAUGAUGACCUGGAGGUGUGCAAACAGAUUGGAGACCCUGACCUGGAUGCCAUCGGUGUCUUCACUCCACAUCACCGGGAAAAGGUUCUCCGGGCCGUGGAGAGACUCCGAGAUGAAGACAAGAAGAUGGCACCGGGACUGUAUUUCACCCUUGAACCGCUUCCACAUGGCACAUGCCCUCAAAUUAGUUACUGCAAACAGAAAUGCACCAAGUCUUGGGUCAAUUCUACUUGGGACAGGCCCAGGAUCGGACUCUCCAAUGACAUCAAAGCUCUAGAGAAGGACAAGGAGCCGGUGGUGUAUCCUAAACUCAAGCUGAAGAUAAUGAUAAGGGAUAAGCUGGUGAAGGAUGGAAUUGACCUGAGCAAAAUGCCCUACUCGUAUAAAGAUGGCUCUCUGGGUAACAUCGAGGAUCUGGCCCAAGAGUAUUCAGAGUAUUACAGCACGUCUUACAGCGAAGUGUGUGACAGAAUGGAGGAGUUACGCAAACGCAGAGUCGCUCAAGAACCAGAGACGGGAAAAGCUGAUUCAACAACAUCCCUUCAGCUGCGGUUGGAAAUCCAGGAGUCACUGGGUCUGUCUAGCGCCGUGUCCACACCUGAGGUGGAGAGAAGGCAAUCAAUGAACAAGUCCAGCUCUGAAGACGGAUCUGCAGGAAAAUGGGACAGAAAGAAAAACAAAUCGUUCUGGCAAAACUUCCGCAAGGCACAGAAAGGGAGCGUUCGAGCGACGCCGAAAGGAGAGGAUCUGGGCUUCGUGGCCAGUGAGAUCACGAUGAGUGAUGAAGAACGCAUCCAGCUGAUGAUGAUGGUGAAGGAGAAGAUGAUCACGGUGGAGGAGGCUCUGGCUCGGCUGAAGGAGUAUGAAACACAGAAUAAGCAGUCCAACAGCGCGGACACGACCGACGGGACCGACACACCCAGUCCCUCCAUGACCGAAUCCUCCUACUGUAACUCGAGAGAACAGUCUGAAGAUGAGCUGGAAGAGUCCGUCACCUUUCGUCGACUUCAUAAACUUGUCAAUUCAACUCGACGUGUGAGAAAGAAGCUUAUUAGAAUUGAUGAGGCCAAAAAACAUGGCUCAAAAGACCCUGUGCUUCCGUCGGGCGAGGAGGGCGUCUCUCUGGAGGUCGAGCCUAGGUUGUCCCGCUCCGUGACAGAUGGGGAGAUGAGACGAGCCCUGAGCCCUUCUAACUACCAUGGAAGGACCUGCAGCUUUGGAGGAUUUGAUCUCACAAGCCGAUCUGUGUACAUGAGCAACAGCAGCUGUGGCCCCACAAAUGAAAACGGUGAUAUCAGCAUGAGAGACGCGUCUAGAUCUCCAACACCUUCCCGUAUCUCUCUGGGGAAGAAGGUGAAAUCUGUUAAAGAGACCAUGAGGAAACGCAUAUCCAAGAAAUAUAGUUCCUCUCCAUCGGAGCAGUCAAGCCCAAGCCGAGCUCCCAGCAGCCCACAGUCUCCUCACACAGACACAGACUCUCUGGAGAAACCCAAACUCAAGGCCGGAGGAUCAGUGGAGAGUUUGAGGAGUUCCCUCAGCGGACAGAGCUCCAUGAGCGGUCAGACGGUCAGCACCACAGACUCGUCCACCAGUAACCGUGAGAGUGUGAAAUCAGAGGACGGUGAUGAAGACGAGCUGCCGUACAGAGGGCCUUUCUGUGGCCGAGCUCUGGUUCACACAGACUUCACCCCGAGCCCGUAUGACACCGACUCCCUCAAACUCAAGAGAGGAGAUCUGAUCGACAUGAUCAGUAAGCCGCCCAUGGGCACGUGGAUGGGGCUCCUCAGUAAUAAAGUGGGAACGUUUAAGUUCAUCUACGUGGAUGUGCUGAAAGAGGAAGAGGAGAAACCCAAACGCAGCGUGAAGAAGAGGAGGAAAAGUCGCCCUCCUAAACCGACCUCUGUGGAGGAGCUUCUGGAGCGCAUCAGUCUCAAAGAGCACAUGCCCACGUUCCUGUUCAAUGGUUAUGAGGAUCUGGACACGUUUAAACUGUUGGAGGAGGAAGAUCUGGACGAGCUGAACAUCCGAGAUCCUCAACACAGAGCCGUGCUGCUCACCGCCGUCGAGCUGCUGCAGGAGUGUGACAGUAACAGUGACCCGGAGCGCGAGGGAUCGUCCGGAGACUCCCAAGAGAAGCUCCUGUCGGAGAGCAGCGCGCCGCCAGCGGACUCUCCUCGUGACUCGGGCUGCUACGAGAGCAGCGAGAACCUGGAGAACGGCAAAGGCAAAAAGACGUCUCAUUUAAGCAGGUCCUCAUCAGGCUUUGAGUCCAGCCAUCUCUCCUCCCCUGAGUUUCCCAUCCCACCCCUCUGCCAUUCCAGCAGGUUAAACCCACAAACCAGACAGGACACUCCACUUCCACUGCAGAUCGACUCCAUCAAGAGGAGAAACCAUGGCAUGUUCAGAAGAAGAUUCCUGAGUCGCAGUUGCGGUGCGCUGGAUCAGCCGUCUACUCAAACUGAGCUUAGGAAACUUUACUUCUCAGUAGAGGAACUUCAUCUGCAAAGUCCUGAGAGAAAGCAGCCCAACAGUACUGAGGAGACUCUUCUGACACCUGACGAGUCUGAAGAGACUGGAGACAGAGCUCAGCCGUCCUCCAGCGUCUCAGUGGUGGAGUAUGAAGAGGUGCCUGUAGAUGAUCUUCCUCCAAGCACACAGCGCAUGAAACCUCCAGUUCCUCCAAAACCUCUUCCACUGCCGUCAUUGAAGGGCUUUGACGCUGGUUUCAGUAGAAAGGAGGUUCAUACAAGCGCAUCUAAGUCAAACUCCUGUCCAGAAGUUCCCAGGAUCUCCAAAUCGUUCAUUUACAGACCUGCAAAGAAAGUUCACUCUGGGAAAACACCCAACCUGGAGACUUUAGUGGAGGAAAAGUUGUGCUCUGAUGGCAUCGACCUCACAGAAGAGCCAUAUUCUGACAAGCAUGGCCGUUAUGGAGUGCCGUUCUCUCUGGUCCAGAGAUAUUCUGAAGAUCUGGACAAACCUUUGGGUGACAUUGCCAUUGUGAUGGAUCAGACGAGAGUCCGUCAGCUUCUGAAGCAGCAUCGGAUAGCCAUCCCAUUGAGAAGUUUGUCAGAGAUAUGUGUGAUUCCAUAAUGGAUUUCAGAACUGUGGGAGCAGCUUUGCAGAGCGACAGAUGAUGGAAAGCACAUAACAAAUCCAGCUUAAAAACCACUGCUGAACUGAUUCCCGAUGAAUCAGCUGAAUGUUUUUCCAGCUAGAAUUUGUCCUUACCUGACUUUUCCUGUCCUUUUAGGGUUUAGACAGCACAGCAGAAACUGAAAUAGUUUGACUUUCAUAUGUGGCUGUGUUUUGAAUGAAGUCACUGAUGAGUGAUUUGUUUUGAAUCAGCUUUUGAUUUCAAUCUGUAAUGAUCUAAAUGCAACACAGUCCCAAUUUUAAGCAACUCUUUAGAAGAUUGUGCGAACCGUAAAUAUUGCCUUUGAAAAUGUACAUAUAAUAGUGACCCUGAGUGUAAACCUAAAUUUGUUGUAAUAUGUUUUGGAUAUAUUGGAUAGAUCAUCAUCAUUUUUUUUUUCAAAAGAAGUAGUUUUUUGUUAUUAUUUUGAUAUAUAUAAUUACAAAAUCUCCCCGGGCUAAAAAGCAUGUUUUCUGUAUGCCGCAUUGUCUUAUAUUUUCGGUAACAUUCAAACGUUCUGAUUUCAAAGCAUAUUUAUUUCCUUCUGUAAUAUAGGAUUUAUUUUCUUGUAACAUUUAUCAUACCUAUUUUAAUCUAUAACAUUCUGUUAUGAGAUGAUGAAGGGUUCUGUUAUUUUAUGGACUAAUGCAAGUUGGUGUGAAUGAACUGUGAAGGUUAUAAAUGGAUUUUAAGAGACAAAUGUGUUUUAAAAACUAAUAAAGUCAA